ACUUUAAAAGUGGGCGGGCGGAACGAGACUGUCAUUGCAGGAGUCUUUAGGAUCCCGUCCUCCUGUCAUUCUGUAGGCAUAUAUUACACUACACCCCUUCGACAAAACGGAAAUUAUUACCAACAUUAAACAUGGGUAAAUUGGACAAGUUCAUUAUCUGCAUAUGUCUGCUGGCAACGAUUGAGUCCGUCGUGGAAGGAAACGAAGGCAAACGCAGAAAGCAUGAAAAUGAUGCCAUGCACGAUGGUGGAUCAGUUCAGUCAGGUAUUUGGACCCCAGAGAAACCAAGAAGGCUUUUUGCCAGAACCCGAUUUGAGCUUCAGCAAAGACUACAAGUGAUGAGACCCAGGCCUGUGACUGCAAAACCUGCCCAAGCUCUUCCAGCCCGUGCUGCCCCUCCUGUUGCCCCUGUUGUGGUGCGGCGCUGCCCGGGGCUGAUGGAAGCCUGCUCACCCCACAAGCCCUGCUGCGACCCCUGUGCCACCUGCCACUGCCGCCUCUUCAAUGCCAUCUGCCACUGCUGGAAAAUGAGCAACCGUUGCUCCAAAACGACCUAACGACCAUUGCUUACACAUGUAUAUACACUUAAUUGUGUAAUUGAGUGCCAUUGAUGCAUUGAUCAUAUUUUGCACACGUAAUCUAUAAUCUGGUCUAGAUGUUAGUGAUCCUAAAUGUAUUUGACAUGUAUGUAUUGUAUGAUUAUAAAAUGAGAAGCACAUUCACGUAUACUGUUUGCAGCCUCACAUUUCGAGUUAAUUGAUCUUAUCUGAUCAUAUAUGGCAUCUAUCAGUGUUGCCCAUGGGUAUAUGUGCUUCUAUGGAUCUAUCAGUGUUGCCCAUGGGUAUAUGUGCUUCUAUGGAUCUAUCAGUGUUGCCCAUGGGUAUGUGUGCUUCUAUGGAUCUUGCUUAGAGACUAAAUAUGUAGGUCAGCCUUUUUUGUGCGUGCAUUCAGAAAGCAUUUGCUGACUAUUUAACUACACAGCCACCAAAUGACAGUAAAGUCCAAGCCUUGGUUUCUUAGGUUUGGUUUGGUUUGGUUUAAUAGAUUGCAGAUGUUUAUUUCCACUAUAGAUGAUACUGGACUGAUUUGUUCAUUUACGGGUCUGAUUAAUACUGACACGAUUCUCUGCUGCUGGCUCUCAGAUCAAGAUGACCACUUAACAAGACACACUGCAGUGUUAUUUUUGUACAAUAAAUAUUUUGAUACAUAACUUA